UGCAUUUGAUCAUAUAAUUCCAUAACUUUUAUAGGAAUACUUAAAUUAUUUGCUUGGAAAACUAGUUUUGGUGGCCAGCACUGUACAUGUCUCCAUUUGAUUCUAUUCCCAAUUAAAACAAAAAAUACAAUAAAAAUAACAGUGUUGCUUCUGGUAAAAUUACUUGAUUAAAAUGGAUGCAAUCAUUUCAUUACAAAAGUCAAUUAAUAUUAUUCAAUUGUAAAAAAUAAUAAUAAUACUAUUAAUAAAAAAAAUGUGAUGCAGUUCUAAUUUAAAAUUCUAGUAUAAAAUUUGUAGUACCCCAUCCUGACCACAAGACGAUGCUAUGAAAAUGUUUAAAAUAAAUGGUCAUUGAUUAGCAGAACAUACGGGGCGUGAGAAAGCGUGAAGACGUGGCGAUUGUGUGGAUGGUAGAGGAGUUAUCAUCGGCCGUCUUUCUCUAUGUACUUUAAUAGACGUUUUCUAAGUGGUACCAGAAGAGGGCAGUAAUGUGACAUUGGGGAUGGUGACUACCGUAACACCUCGAAGAAGAAGAACAACAACAACGGGGAAAGAGAAGAAGAAGAAUUAUGCCGCGAGUUUUGUUUUCCAGUUAUCUGUUAUCAAAACAUAGACCGCAUUUAACGAACUGUCACCUUUAAGUAUAUAGGUGUAUAGUGUAAAACAUAUAUGUUACAAACGGUGUCUCGUUUUGACUGUCAUUUUUAUUUUGUCAUUUUUUUUUUUUGCCUCACUCAUUAGAGCAGUGGUCGAUGUAAAUACCGUUGUUUUCCGGUGGCAGUUAAGCAAAAGUUAAUCUAAAAAGAAAAUGUCGACUGACACAGACGAAACUCGUCAGAGGUUAAAGGCAGCCGUGCAUUAUACAGUGAGUCGUAUUUGUCAGAACAACGGAGAAAGCCACCGGAGAGAGUUCAGCCGACAAGUCAUAGCAGCGAUAGCCGAGACGACUUUCAGACAAUGUGAUAUAUUUGCAAAGGAUCUGGAGGCUUUUGCAAGGCAUGCUAAACGGAGCACGGUGUCUGCAGAGGAUGUUAAACUUGUAGCCCGCCGCAGUACUGCCUUGACAAACUACAUACAAAAUAAAAGCGAAGAACUGGCCCAGGAGCAGCAAUUGAAAAAGAAGAGUACGGGGAAGAGGAAGAGCAAAGACACGGAGGACGACAGAGAAUAAGGACAGGACACAGGCAAACCUGCAGUGUCUCACUAUUGGCCGACAUUCAAAUAAACAUGAAUAUUGGUUCAAUACAUAGCAAGUAUCAGUUACGUGUCAUCAAGUCUCCUGGUUUUUAAGUGAAUUUCAAUUGGUCUACAGCAUAAGACUUUGUUUUUCUACUAUCCUUUGCCUUAUCCUCUAUGCCAGCCUAUGGGAAAUAACUCUAGUCUGCACCUGUUAAUACUAUGUCAAGUUGCUGUGCAGUUGGCACUGGUUUGACAAAUGAAAAUCGCUGAGUGUGAACUGAUUAACAUUAAAGUGACACUUUCUACAAAAA